AUGUCAUCACCAAAGACUUCAUGCGAUCACAAUAUGCAGCUUCCUUCGUUGGAGGAGUUAGAUUCCUCAGAACAACUGGAGAGUAAUAGUUCUGAUCAAGACGACCGUGAGAAUGAAGACGAAUUGUCCGGGGUCAAAAGUUUUUUCCCUGCAUUACUUCCAGGUGAUGAGCCAGGUCCUUCACAAAGUAAUGAUUUUCAAGAGCAGCACCAAUACAUUCCUCCAGACGUUCGUCAUGACCAGAAUAGUCGCUCGUCUCUGUAUGACCAAUUACCGAAUAGUAUUGGAGAGCAGUCAGUGAAUGAGCAGGACCAUUUACAACAGCCUGUCAUUGGGCCAUCUCUGCCCCCUGGUUUUUUGAGCCAUGAUAAUAACGAUUACGAUGAAGAUCCGGAAGAUCCUGGGGAUCCAGAAGAUCCUGAAGAAAGUGAUAAUAAGUCAUCUUUACCAAAAAUCCCUUCAAAUAUGUCUUCCCUUUAUUCACGACCCACUCUCCCAUCGGGUUUCGUGCAAGCACCUUCACUUCCUGAUGAAGAGAUAAGAACUUCCUAUGGGAGUAUGGAAGGAUACAGUACAGUACAAAUACCUCCUCCUGAACCUGCUUCAGUAAGGAGUUCUACUUGGCAGCACUCUUCAAAUUAUAAACGUGGUUAUUCGAAACCUUCCAUAGGACCAAUGUGUCCUCCUGAUGUUCUUCCGACUGUGUCAAACAGUAACAAGGGUAUUAGCGCUGACAGGAAUGAGUCUGAAGACGAAGUUUACGGUCCGUGCUUGCCACCAGAAGUUGUUCCUGGACCAUCCCAUCAAACUUCUAGCAUUGAAAUGCCCAUAGAAGGAGACGAGCAUAGUAACCAGCAAGAUGUAGACAAUAUUAUUGGUGAGGUGAAGAGUAGUAGGCGUGAGGAGUGGAUGGUACAACUUCCAAAGAAACUUGGCGGUUACGGGUUAGGCCCCAGGACAUUUUCUUUAGGAAACGACUCAUCUGCUGGUGAUGAUCAUGCAAAACGGGAAUGGACAGAAACUCCAUUUGAAAGGGAAAAGCGACUAGCGGCUGACGUCGCUGGUGACGCCGGACCUAGUCAGCAGGAUUCUUGGGAACGGAAACGGAAUGCUGAAAGCGACGGAGCGCAGGAGAGGCGGGCGGAAGAAUUAAAUAAGAACAGAAAUCUGUCUUUGUUGGAAAUUCAUCAGCGCAAGCGGAAAGGAGAUGCUGAGGAAACGAGUAGCGAGAAGAAAAUUAGGCAGCCUUUUGAUCGUGAGAAAGAUAUGGAGGUUAAAGGCUUAGGACGAAAUUUGAGUACUUCUGAAAUAAAAGAACGGAUGGGCCAGUUGAAUUCUAGGUUUGCCUGUUCAUCUUCCAAGAAGUACCUUUAA